ACUGAAAACUUAAAGGCUCCACCUACAAUGACAUUAUCAAUCCAUCAAAGAGGAUUAAUGCAUGCUCUGAAGUGUAAUUUGAAGAUUGCUAAGGACGGUACAACGGUAGACAAGCUCUGACUGAUCUCAAGGAUGAAGAAUUUCAUAAUUUUUGUCAGCCUAUUAUGCGUGACCCUUGGCUUCCCAGUGGGUUCGCCUUUAUAUAAGAGAGAAAGACGCAGACGUCAGCUGGGUUUUGGUUAUGACUAUGGAUACGGAUACAGAUAUGGACCGGUUUAUCCAUACUAUAAUAUCCCCAUCUAUCAGCCUAACGAUUUCAAUGACAUCACUCCUGAAAUUUACAUUGGUGAUGAUGUAAGACGUCCAGCAACGGUCAAACCCCCUGUUACUGCAACAAGACGUCCAGCAAUGGUCAGACCCCCUGUUACUGCAACAAGACGUCUAACAACAGCACUGGUGAAGCCGGUGCCGUUUAAUAACCUUCAGCCUACAGGAGAACCCUGUCCACAGCCCAGAGGAGACGAUUUAAACAAUGAUCAGCUGCCAGUGUUCGUCUAUGUGGAUCCUAAAGAGUGGAGCUCCAUGGGUGCGGUGGACAGACCCGUGUCUCCUGGUCAGACUGCUUCCAGUGAUCUUCAGCCAGCGUUUGCCAUCGUUCCUGGUGUUUUUCUUCCGACAUCUGAGAACGGCCAAACUGUGAUAAAUCCAAUGGAAGAUCUCAAUAACAGGCUGAAAACCCCAGACAUGUUGAGAGUCGCUGCAUCUGCUAAAAAAGAGAAAGAUUGUUAACUCUUGUAUUUAAAUUUACUACCCUUUCGUUAUGUUGGUGGCUGUUUUGACCCCAUUGACUUAUCAUUUAUUUUAUUUUUUUGUAAAGCCAUGACCGCAUAUAAUCAUGCAUUCUUUAUUGUUUGGUGGUUUUCCCUGUUGGGAAGAGGUAAAAUGUGUAAUUUUUACUGUUGGUCAUCAGUUGGCAGCAUUAUUCUUUGGAUAGGCCUGUGCAAACAAAGUUUCUGGCUUUUAUUUGGAGUAAAACAGUAAAAACAAUGUUUACUAUGUUCUGAGAGCUGAGCUGCUUAUUUUGAUUUACUCGCAUAUCAAGAUAUGUGUGCAAAAGUCUCUCAAGUACACACAAAAAUGCAUUGAAGGCAGAAUCUAAGCUUUUUUUAACACUGCAACUGAUGAUCAACAGUAUAAAUGAGAAAUGUGACCUCUUCCACCAAUCAUGUGUAUGAUAAUAUGCAGUCAUUGCUUUGCAGUCAAAAAUGUCAUUAUAAUGGAAGUCAAUGAAACAAAAACAGCCCAGAACAUGAGAAAAGGGUGGUCAAUUUGCCCAGAGUGUAUUGUUGAAUUUAAAUAAAUAAAUAAACAAAUCUUAUUUUGACACUUUGGGGAAAAUGCUUUGAAUUUGUCACCAAAAAGCAUUAAAUUUUGCUGACACGGUGAAAGUUGUGGCCAAAUUAAGACUCGAAAUUAUCCCCAACAGCACACAAGGGUUAAUGACAACAUUUGGCAGGUCUCAAGAGUGAUUACAUUGAAUAUCACGAGCUGUUAAAAUUAGACUACUAUAACAAUUAGCUUUAAAACGUUACACUUCUGUGCAUUGUUUCAAAUCUUUGGUUUAAGCAUGUAUUGAAUGACUCUUGACUUCAGUAGAGCUGAAAGUCAAAUUGAUUACUGAAAAUUUAAGUUUGUUAAAAGGGGGCAAUACCAUCAAACUACUAUCAGUGGAUUUUACCCAUUUUUGGAUCUGUUUUAUAAAUGUUUUUCUUAUUAAAAAUGUUUUUAAUGGUUGAGUUGUGUAAUGAGUAAUCAGGAGUCUCUAAUGUGUCUAACGACAAACCAAAAUGCAUUAAUGGUAGUAGUCUAACACCUGUUGGAAUUGUAGUUUGUUAGCCUUAAU